UCUUUUUUUUCAAUACGGAAAGAAAAAUCCUGUUCUUUUAAAUUGAACGAAACUUUUUGUACGGAUUUUAUUUUUCCUAUUUUUCUUUCUGUGUUGGAGAAAAAAGAUGAACUGUGCAAGAAGUUUAAUUAAAAAGAAUAGGUCUGAUAAAAGUGUAGCUUCAAGUGAAAUCAAAUAUUAUUAAAUCAUGAAUGUACAUACAUGUCUAUGACAUUAGGAUGAUGAUAAAUUAAUAAAGUUAAUAUUAUAUUAUGAGCUAACCGUUUAUUAUUUUAAUAGCCGAGAAACUUUCAUAAGCUUGUUGAACUUGAAUAUUACUUGGUCGGUGCUUCGGACGUGGCAGCGCGCUGUCAUUUUGUGUCUUCCGCGAAUCAGCGGAAAUUAAGUCUCUCGGCGCUGCCAAUCUAAUUAAACAAAAAACUAUCAAGCUCGUCUCAAAAGUUACCAGAAUUCAAGGCGCGGAUCGUAAAGUGAGGAUGGAAUUCUAACCUAAGAAGCAAAUCACGGUCCUGUAAUUUGUGUGUACAUAUAACGAACGUACAAUAUGGCUAAAGAACGAGGUGUGCUGAAAAUACUUUGGAACAGAUUUGUGUCUUCGUUUAAGCCGAAGUACUUUCGUCGCAAACUGAUGGGCGAAGAUUAUUAUGGCACGAAGUAUUACGAGGAAGAGAUUCGCUAUUCCGCUCGGAAAAUACCUCCACGGUAUUUCGUUCCAGUAAACAAAGAUGAUUUUGAACAGGAACUGCCUGCGGAAUGGGAGUCCUGGUUGAGAUACCGCAGAAAAGAUCCGCCUACGCGAGAAGAAAUAGAAGCCAAUUAUCAAUUAGCAAUCACCAAGAAAAAGAAUGCCGCGAAACUUUUAACAGGGAACCAACCGAAAAAUGAAGACUCUCAAGAUCUCGCUCCAUCUACUUCCCAAACAGCUAAUCCUGAAAAUUUUCCAGUCUAUGAAGAGUAUAAAAAUGCUGGUAAUAGUUAUGUACCAAAAGAUGCAUACAAAUAAUCAACAUGCCACUAGCAAAAUUUAAAGGAAAGUCUAUUUCUUUUAGAGGAAUUUAUUUAUGCAAUAAAAUAUUUGAACUUUGCAAUAGUUUCGAGUAUUCAAGUAUUUUAGACAAAUUUUGUUUUUCAACAUAGAUUACAGAUUUUAUGUAGAUUUAAAGUUUGAAUGUUACUAAUUAUUCUCCUUAAAUAAAUUAUCUUGUAAAUA